GUGGCCGACGUGCUGGGCUUCGUGCAGCCCGAGCUGCUGCGAGAUUUCUGCAUGAACCCGCAGCCGGUGCUGCUGCUCCACGUCAUCGCCGCCUUUUGCUUCCGGGGCGCUUUUUGAUUGAAAAAUGGAAUUUUAGUGCAGAAAAUUGGAUUUUUUUGGGCAGAAAAAUCCAAUUUUUGGGAAGAAUUUUUUUGGGUGCAAAACCUGAUUUUGGAGGGAAUUUUUUGUGCAGAAAAUUUGAUUUUUUUUGCUAAAAAAUUGGAUUUUUUUGCUGAAAAAUUGGAUUUUUUUGCUGAAAAAUCGGGAUUUUUUUUGCUGAAAAAUCGGAUUUUUUUCUAAAAAAUCAAAUUUUUUUUCCAUCUGAUCCCUUUUUUUCCCCUUUUUCCCCCCAGAUUUCUGCAUGAACCCGCAGACGGUGCUGCUGCUCCGCGUCAUCGCCGCCUUCUGCUUCCUGGGCAUCGUGUGCAGCCUGGGCGCGUUCCUGCUCGACGUCUUCGGGCCCAAACACCCGGCCCUGAAAAUCACCCGGCGCUACGCCUUCGCCCACAUCCUCACAGUCCUGCAGUGCGCCACCGUGAUCGGCUUCUGCUACUGGGCCUCGGAGCUGCUGCUGGCGCAGCAGCAGCAGCACAAGAAGUACCACGGCUCCCAGGUGUUCGUCACCUUCGCCGUCAGCUUCUACCUGGUGGCCGGCGCCGGCGGCGCCUCCAUCCUGGCCACGGCGGCCAACCUGCUGCGGCACUACCCCAGCGAGGAGGAGGAGCAGGCGCUGGAGCUGCUCUCCGAGAUGGAGGAGGCCGAGCCCUACGGCCCCGACUACGAGGUGGUCAACCAGUUCCAGCCGCCGCCCGCCUACACGCCGUGACGCCGCGCGGAUCGGCGCCGGACGGGCCCCGGCCGCCACCGCCGCGGUUGUUGGGGUUGUGGCGAGCGAGAUCGAGGUCAUCGAGAUCGUGGUCAUCUGAUUGUGGGUCAUCGAGAUCGUGGUCAUUGAGAUCGAGGUCAUCGAGAUCGUGGUCAUUGAGAUCGAGGUCAUCGAGAUCGUGGUCAUCUUGAUCGGGGGUCACCGCGAUCGAGGUCAUCUUGAUCGGGGGUCAUCGCAAUCGAGGUCAUCGUGAUCGAGGUCAUCAAGAUUGAGGUCAUCGCGAUUGAGGUCAUCGAGAUCGUGGUCAUCUUGAUCGGGGGUCAUCGAGAUCGCGGUCAUCGAGAUCGUGGUCAUCUGAUUGUGGGUCAUCGAGAUCAUGGUUGUUGAGAUCGUGGUCAUCGCGAUCGUGGUCAUCGCAAUCGAGGUCAUCGCGAUCGUGGUCAUCUUGAUCGGGGGUCAUCAAGAUCGUGGUCGUCGAGAUCGCGGUCAUCGCAAUCGAGGUCAUCGAGAUUGUGGUUACCUUGAUUGUGGGUCAUCGCGAUCGUGGUCAUUGCGAUUGUGGUCAUCUUGAUCGGGGAUUAUCACGAUCAAGGUCAUCGAGAUCGCGGUCAUCGAGAUCGUGGUCAUCUGAUUGUGGGUCAUCGCGAUCGUGGUCGUUGAGAUCGUGGUCAUCGCGAUCGUGGUCGUUGAGAUCGUGGUUACCUUGAUUGUGGGUCAUCGCGAUCGUGGUCAUCGAGAUCGUGGUCACCUCGAUCGUGGGUCAUCGCGAUUGUGGUCAUCACGAUUGAGGUCAUCAUGAUCCCGGUCAUUGCGAUCGUGGUCAUCACGAUCGAGGUCACCUUCACUGUGGGUCAUCGUGAUCGUGGUCAUCGCGAUCGUGGUUAUCACGAUCAUGGUCAUCGCGAUCGUGGUCACUUGAUCCCAGCACUGUGAAUGUGGGUCAUCACGAUUGUGGUGACCUUGAUCGUGGGUCAUCGCGAUCGUGGUCAUUGUGGUCGUGGUCACUUGAUCCUGACACCACGAUUGUGGGUCAUCACGAUCGUGGUCAUCGCCAUCACGGUCACCUUGAUUGUGGGUCAUCGUGAUUGAGGUCACCGUGAUAUGGUCACCUUGAUCAUGGGUCAUCGAGAUCGUGGUCAUCAAGAUCACGGUCAUUGAGAUCGACGUCACCAUGAUCGUGG